CAAUCGUUUUGUACAGUGACUGAAUACUCAUAAAUUGAGUAAACCGUUUUAUUUCUCCAAAACAGUAAGUUUGUUAGAAUGCGGCGCCCAAAGUAUUUCACGCCGAAGGAGGUGUCCGUUCACAACACUCUCAAAGAUAUAUGGGUGUCGUACCUGGGCAAAGUGUACGAUCUGACACCGCUGCUGGAGGAAUAUAAAGGUGAUGUGUUAUUGAAACCUAUCACAGAGUGUGCAGGAAAGGACAUCAGUCACUGGUUUGACCCAAAGACAAAAAAUAUUCUUACCCAUGUUGACCCAUUGACUGGCUGCAUUAAAUACUACACCCCUAGGGUGCGCUUUUUACACACACCCCCUCCCUGCCCUCGCACUGACUGGCCCAAUGACUUCGGGAAGCCGUGGUGGAAGGAUAACCGCUAUGAGGUUGGGUUGCUGUCUGCCAAAACACGCUGGAUCCGCAUUAUCAACACUCUAACCUCCCAAGAGCAGAGGCUGGAGGUUAGCUCUGAGGAGACUCUGGAUGAGAUUCUCCAGCGAUACCUGCGCUACAAUUCCCAUGCAGCAAGCUACACCUGGAAGCACAAUGGCGUAAAUUUGGACAUGAGCAAGACCCUGAGUGAAAACGGCAUCCCUGAAGAGGACGAGUUUUACUGCGGAAGCCCAGACUGUGACCUCUUCUCUCCAUCCAUAUGUCUGUAUUUCAACGACGACCUCACUGAACUCUAA